UAACUUAACUUCUUCACGUCCGGCAACACUUAACUCCUUUAUGUCUGGCAACACUUUCCCGUUUAUUCGAUUCGAAAGCGUUUUGUUGUAGCACGUUUCGUAAGAAUCGUUUAAGUUAUCGCUUAAUUAUCGUUCGAGAUGUCAAUCGGAGUGCCAAUGAAAGUUUUGCACGAAGCGGAAGGACAUAUCGUCACGUGCGAAACAAACACCGGCGAAGUUUACAGAGGAAAAUUGGUAGAAGCCGAAGACAAUAUGAAUUGUCAAAUGUCGAACAUCACGUGCACUUACAGAGAUGGGCGCGUGGCUCAAUUAGAGAAUAUUUACAUCCGAGGAAGCAAGAUAAGAUUCCUCAUCCUUCCCGACAUGCUAAAAAAUGCUCCGAUGUUCAAGAAAAUAGGACCGAAAGGCACUUCGUCUACCGCCGGAAGAGGCAAAUCGGCCAUUUUGAGAGCUCAGGCCGCAAGAGGACGAGGACAAAUGUUUCAAAGAAGGCAACUCUUUCAGAGAAAAAAAUGAAACACUUAAUUUGUAUUCAUUAUAUGAAACUACAUUAAAAAUUUUUGUAACUAUUUCAAAAAUAGCUUUUUGACUAAAAAUGAUAAAUAAAUUCACAAAAAUUUUUGUUUUCA